AUGCACUUCAGGCUUCUGUCCCUAGCUGCCCUUGCCGGCCUGUCCGCCGCCAGCCCUGUGGCUCUUGAUGAGCGCCAGCUUGGUGGCUCAAGCGGCAACGACCUUCGCAACGGCGAGUGCAAGCCGGUCACUUUUAUCUUCGCUCGUGCCUCCACCGAGCCCGGCCUCCUGGGUAUCUCGACUGGCCCCGCCGUCUGCAAUGACCUCAAGGCCGACGCAUCUCUUGGUGGUGUUGCUUGCCAGGGUGUUGGGCCCAAGUACACUGCGGGUCUGAUGGAGAACGCCCUGCCCCAGGGAACAUCCUCCGCUGCUAUUGCCGAGGCCAAGGGGCUCUUUGAGACUGCUGCGUCCAAGUGCCCUGACACCAAGAUCGUGGCUGGUGGUUACAGUCAAGGUACCGCCGUCAUGCACGGCGCAAUCCCCGAGCUGUCCGAUGAGAUCAAGGACAAGAUCGCGGGUGUCGUUCUCUUCGGUGACACCCGCAAGACCCAGGACGGCGGGCAGAUCAAGAACUUCCCCAAGGACAAGAUCAAGAUCUACUGCGCUGCUGGCGACAUGGUCUGUGACGGCACGUUGAUCGUGACCGCCGCGCACUUUACCUACGUCAUGAACACUGGUGAGGCAUCCAAGUGGCUCGAGCAGCAGCUCAGCUCCAUGCCUGCCUCGACCUCUACCUCGAGCAGCUCUAGCAGCUCUUCCUCUAGCGCUGCUAGCCAGACCAGUCAGGCUAGUGGCCUCUCCAGCUGGUUCUCUGGCCUGGGUAACUAG